UUAGCUAUUGUUUUUCUUAUUUUAAUUUAGUGAAUUUCUUUUAAUUUUUAAAUUAUUAUCUGAAUUUUCUUAGUGAUAAACUGAAGUUUUAUUGGUGUUAUUUCAGUUCGACUGACGGAAAUAUGAAGACUUACAGGACAGUGUUGCUGUGCCUCGGGGCUCUCUCGUUCGCCAGUGCGGCGCCAGCGCCUGCAGCUAGAGACAACUCGCCGCAGCACGCGGAGUACGAGUACGACUACGACAACUCUGCGCAGGCAAGCCAGGCGCAGGAGCCGGCCGAGUCCGCUAGCCAUUAUGACGCGUAUAUCCAGGACGUGCAGGCCGCGGCCACCGGCGACGGCGGCGCUAAGAAAGGCUUCAGCAGAGGCAGUGGCCUAAGAACCAUCGCUGUCGGCUCCGCAAACCAAGCUAAAACCGCUCUCGGAAACCAAGCCGCCGCUGCGUACCAAGCCGCUUAUGUAGCAAAGAAUACCCUGGCUCAGUCCGCUGCUCAGGCCUCGGCCACGGCUCAGGCGGCCCUCGCCGGCAAACAAGUGAUCCUGUCAGGAUUGGAACAGCAAGUGAGAGACGCGAAGGUGGCCCUGCAAGGAGAAGAGAUGCAGCUGCAGCAAGCGAAGAGAUCAGCCCAGGCGGCGGCGCAGGCAGCGCAGCAGGCUAUGCACCAGGUGAACGUGAUCCAAGCCGCGUUGAACGCUGCGCAAGCGACGUCGGAAAACGCUAACGAGGCAGCGUCCCAAGCGGCGGGCGAGCUGGGCGCCCAGACCGCCAUGGUGGGGGCUGCCAGACAACGGCUGCACACCCUGCAAGAACAGUUGCAUGGCGUCAGGAUCGACUUCGAGGCCACGCAGUCUGCUGCUAGAAAGGCCCAGGCGGCCGCUCAGCAGGCGCAGGCGAACGCGGCGGCGGCGGCGGCGAAGGCGGCGGCGGCCGGGCUCGGCAGCAAGCAUGCGCACGACGCCUCCCACGAAGGUACGAGCGUCGAGGAGUACGCGGCCGCGCCCGCGGACAACUCCGCCGCACACGACUAUUACACGCAUCAGUCGAACUUCCAACACCAGUAGCUCAUAGGUUUUAGGUAAAACGUUCUGAGGAUCCGUCCCCGACAUAUCACCACAACCAAUGUUAUUUAUCAAACGAUACCCACGGUAUUCGGAAUCCUCAGAACGAAAAAAGGUUAUCGAUAGAAUAGGAUAUUAACUAUUCUUGUCAUAUAUUUUUUUUUACUUUCUACGAAAUCAUGUGAUCAUAAGUAUUAUCCUAUUUAAGAAAUCCUAUUCUGAUCGUAACCGACUAAAAGUAGCAUUUCUACAAAAUGUAAAUAAGAAAGUUGUUUGUUUGUAAUUAAUUAUCUAGAUUCUGAAAUUUUCAGGCUCUCUUUGAAUACUAAUUCAAUUUUUUUACUUAGCUUUUUAUACUUUUUUUACUACAAUUGUAUUUAUAUUUUAUUGUCGAAUGAGCUUUCAGUUUUGUAUAUGUAUAACAUAGGGUAGUUAUAUUGCAAAAAUGAAGGGCAAUAGUACAAUAGGAACGAAUUAGAUAGCAGGCUACUAACCAGAAUAAGUGCGAUGUCUCGAGGAAGCCAUAGAGCGUUUAUUGAAAUGAAUGGUUAUGCAGACAAACCGGAGUGUAUUUAAAAUAAAGAAUGUUUUGUUAUAUGUUUUUGUUAUUUACUAUUGACUUGACUUGUUCUUGACAAUA